AUGGCGCCUCACGAGCCUCCGCACAAGCAAGCCCUCCGCUUCGCGCUCGACGUCGCCAACGGCCGCCAUGCAUUGUCCAAGCUCGUCCCCCUCGUGCUGUGGCUCGCAGACGCCGUGCUCUGUGGCCUGGUCAUCUGGAAAGUACCAUAUACCGAAAUCGACUGGGUGGCCUACAUGGAGCAGGUUGCGCAAUUCGUCGCCGGCGAACGAGACUAUACCAAGAUGGAGGGAGGCACGGGGCCGCUGGUGUAUCCGGCUGCCCACGUCUACGUGUACACGGGGCUCUAUUACCUGACGGAUCGCGGCAAGAAUGUUCUGCUGGCGCAGCAGACUUUUGCGGUGCUCUACAUGGCUACUUUGGCUGUGGUCAUGCUGUGCUACUGGAAGGCCAAGGUCCCGCCGUACAUCUUCCCGUUGUUGAUUCUGUCCAAGCGGCUGCAUAGCGUUUUCCUUCUCCGAUGCUUCAAUGAUUGCUUCGCCGCGUUCUUCAUGUGGCUGGCUAUAUUCUUUUUCCAGAGGCGGCAGUGGACGAUGGGCAGCAUAGCGUACAGCUGGGGGCUGGGGAUCAAGAUGUCACUGUUGCUCUCGCUGCCGGCUGUCGGCAUAGUGCUGUUCCUGGGCCGGGGCUUUGGUGGGAGUCUGCGGCUUGCGUGGCUCAUGGCUCAGGUGCAGCUUGUCAUUGCGCUUCCAUUCGUGGCCAAGAAUUGGCGGGGUUAUUUGGGCAGGGCGUUUGAGCUCUCGAGGCAGUUCAAGUUUGAAUGGACCGUCAAUUGGCGCAUGAUGGGGGAAGAAUUGUUUCUCAGUAAACAGUUUGCCACGGUUCUACUUGUCCUGCACGCCCUGGUACUCUUGAUCUUUGUCACUUCUCGGUGGCUGCAGCCGGCUCGUCGAUCAUUGGUAUCAUUGAUUUCUCCUAUGCUUCGCGGCCGGUCCCCUUUUACUCCGGCCGAGGAACUUGCAGUUUCCAGCCGAGUCACCCCCGACUACAUCAUGACCACGAUCCUCUCGGCCAAUGUUGUCGGGCUGCUUUUUGCCAGGUCGCUGCACUACCAGUUCUAUGCGUAUCUGGCCUGGGCCACUCCGUAUUUGCUGUGGAAGGCUUGGCCGUAUACCCCCGUGGUUUACUUGUUGUGGGCAGUUCAAGAAGCGGCGUGGAAUACCUUUCCCAGCACAGACCUCAGCUCAACAAUUGUAGUGAACGUGCUUCUGAUGACGGUGGUGCUGGUCUAUUUCGGCACUUUGAAGCCCGUCAGGUCGGGGGAGCGGAAAAAGGCAAAGGCUUCAAAAAAGAAUAGGUGA